ACCAUUAUCAAAAAUGAAAGCACGACAAUCACAUUAGUUUCUCACAGCCCUGUAAUGAGAAUUAGCUUCGACAAGCCAGAUGAAGGAACCAGUUCCUGUAUUAUUAAGGCAUAUCAUAAUAUUAAAAGCACCUGCAAAUUUCCUGUUGAAUACAAAUUCGUUGUAUUUUGUGUUGACAAUGACACACAUGAAAUGAAGAUGCAGUCAUUGCCUUCACUUAAUUAUCACAUUCUUCCAGAUGAUGAGUUAUGCUUAAAGUGUAAAACAGCUGGUAGAGCUAAUGAAAAGUUGCUAAAAGACUGGAACAAUGCACUGAGGAAAGAAAGUGUCGAAUUUCUGCAAACAAAAGAAUUAGAAAUUACUGAACUGGCUACUAUUGCAAAAGAGAUUACAUCACUUCGUCAACUUGAAAUUAAUCAGGUUCAUAAAGUUUUUCCAGUAUAUGAUAGCCCAAAAGGAGCUGUGUUAGAUGCGACACUAUUAACAAAGAUCUUCAUAGCAUGGAAGGAAAAAAACCAAACAGUUAAAGAGCCUAGACGCAUCUUUGCACGCAAGCUAUUGGAAUUGGGUCCUCAUUUAGAUUUAGAAAAGAUUAAAACACUGGCAAAUGAGAUUGAUCCAUACUAUUAAUUUUUGAAACUAUUUUGAUGCCUUUCUUGUU